AUGCACGUGAGCCCCGAUUCCCGUUCGGUCUUUCGUGUAUCAGUAAAAAUGUCGCGUUCACCGAUACUUGAUCUUGCGAGAGAAAAGCUGAAGACUACCUCCAACGCCGCGAAGUCCGCCGAAGGGCCCCUGAUCCUUCACGAAGGCAUGUGGGAUGCAUGGCGCACCCAAUUCGAUGCAGGUCUCAAUGCACAACUCCUACGCGUUACGAGCAGCGAGAGCCCUGAUAUGACGCCUUAUGAGUUCAAAAUAUGGACAUGGCACGCAUUUGCAUACAUUGGAAUGCGCGUAUCACCCUACGUCUUGGAACGCGUUGCAAAGACGGGGAGCAAGAACGCAUUUCGAUUCCUGGAGACUCUUCGCAUGCUCGCCCAGCCUUUCCCGUUCUUCUGCAAGCCAGACCCAAAAGACAAGGGGCAACUCUCGUACGACGAGCGCCGGUGUGUAUACGACCACCUUCAAGAGCUGCAACCCAGGGUGGUCAACGUGAUUUUCAAACGGCCGGCGAUCGGUUUCUGCGAAGAGAUGACCAUGAGGGAUGCUAAAGUACCACCGUGUAUGCCAGCAAUCACACAAGUCAAUCGAGCGCUCAGGGAAGAAACAAGAGCAACCGCCAUUCGGAAGACGAUCUUCAAAUUUACCAUCCUGUCGGGGGAGUCCUUGGUGGGCUGCCUUCAGGACUUCGAACCAUAUCUGAGACGAUGGCUUCAAAAUGAUAUCCGUGAAGAUGACGAUUUGCUCUGGAAGAUUCGCCUGUGUACGCCGGAGGACAUUGAGAUGACAUUCGCCGGGAACGUGGUCACCGUGCAAAGCCUUGACCAGUCACUGUGGCCUCACGGUGACGACAUGCAUCCAUUUGCGCUCGCUCAGCAGGCUCGCGACGAGCGACUGCAGAAGCUACAGAACGUCGCCAGAGGGAUCAGCGCUCGACCAGUGCAGCCUGCCGACUGGAAGGCGCAAGCGAUACUUGCCAUCUUGCAGGCCGACGACGGACGGGUCUGA